AAUGUGAGACCGAGCUCUACACUAAAGGAAGGGUUGGAGUCGCUAGAGGGAGGUGUGGGACCAACGAGGAGGGGGCUUGGGAUCAAGCGGCGGAAGGAGGUGCUGAGGAAGAGGCGGAGGCCUUGCUAAGGCCGACGACGUUGCACCCGAGCCAAGAGCUCUUUUUCUCUCCACGCCACCUCUAAGCCGCGCGGGCUGGUUUGAGAGCGCAAGGCCGCCGAGGUGCUGGGUCCCGCAAGUGGCGCCACUUCCCACGGGAGAGAAGUCAGCCCUAGACUCGCACGCUCGGCCGGGCCCUGCGCGCCCCGCGCCAGUUGACAGCUGCAGCUGGGCUCCAGCGGUCCGCUCCGGGCUCAGCGGCCUCGGCACUCCGCCCCCGCCCCCUCGGGCUCCCUCCCCUCCGCCUCUACCCCUCCUAUCUGGUGCGGAACGUUUCGCAACUGCUCGCGUCUCUCUCCUGGUUCCCGGCUGUUUUCCCAUUUUCCAGGACCCUCUUCUUGAGUUCUUUGCCCUCAGCAUUUGGGUAGAGGGGCUGGAAACAGGUCGGGUGGAGAGUUCAGAGAAGAAGAAAGAAGCCAGACCCGGAGGAGAAGUAAAAUCGGCUGACCGUGGGGGGGCGAUCCCACGCCACUCUUUCUGGUCAUCUUCCCUCCCGCCCCGCCCCUGAGCACACUCCCUCCCAAGCGAGCUACUUUCGGACGGGAAAAGUGAGGGCGGCCCUAGGUGACAGCGCCGCCGGGCCAGUCCCAGGGAAGCCGGGAGUCUGCUAGCGUCUCGACUACCACGCUUCCAGCCAGGGGCAUAGCCCAGACUGAGGAUGGCUUCGACCACAACCUGCACCAGGUUCACAGACGAGUAUCAGCUUUUCGAGGAGCUCGGAAAGGGGGCAUUCUCAGUGGUGAGAAGAUGUAUGAAAAUCCCUUCUGGACAAGAAUUUGCUGCCAAAAUUAUCAACACCAAAAAGCUUUCUGCUAGGGAUCACCAGAAACUAGAAAGGGAAGCUAGAAUCUGUCGUCUUUUGAAGCACCCCAAUAUUGUGCGGCUUCAUGAUAGCAUAUCAGAAGAGGGCUUCCAUUACUUGGUGUUUGAUUUAGUCACUGGAGGUGAACUGUUUGAAGACAUAGUGGCAAGAGAGUAUUACAGUGAAGCUGAUGCCAGUCAUUGUAUACAGCAGAUUCUAGAAAGUGUAAAUCAUUGUCACCUAAAUGGCAUAGUUCACAGGGACCUGAAGCCUGAAAAUUUGCUUUUAGCUAGCAAAUCCAAAGGAGCAGCUGUGAAACUGGCAGACUUUGGCUUAGCCAUAGAAGUUCAAGGAGACCAGCAGGCGUGGUUUGGUUUUGCUGGCACACCUGGAUACCUUUCUCCAGAAGUUUUGCGUAAAGAUCCUUAUGGAAAACCAGUGGAUAUGUGGGCAUGUGGUGUUAUUCUCUAUAUUCUGCUGGUGGGAUAUCCACCCUUUUGGGAUGAAGACCAACACAGACUCUAUCAGCAGAUCAAAGCUGGAGCUUAUGAUUUUCCAUCACCGGAGUGGGACACGGUGACUCCUGAAGCCAAAGACCUCAUCAAUAAAAUGCUUACUAUCAAUCCUGCCAAGCGUAUCACAGCCUCAGAGGCACUGAAACAUCCAUGGAUCUGUCAACGUUCUACUGUUGCUUCCAUGAUGCACAGACAGGAGACUGUAGACUGCUUGAAGAAAUUUAAUGCUAGAAGAAAGCUAAAAGGUGCCAUCUUGACAACUAUGCUGGCUACAAGGAAUUUUUCAGCAGCCAAGAGUUUGUUGAAGAAACCAGAUGGAGUAAAGGAGCCCCAAACUACUGUAAUCCACAACCCUGAUGGAAACAAGGAAUCAACUGAGAGUUCAAAUACAACAAUUGAGGAUGAAGAUGUGAAAGCACGAAAACAAGAGAUUAUCAAAGUCACUGAGCAACUGAUCGAAGCAAUCAACAAUGGGGACUUUGAAGCUUACACAAAAAUCUGUGAUCCAGGCCUUACUGCUUUUGAACCCGAAGCAUUGGGUAAUUUAGUGGAAGGGAUGGACUUUCAUCGAUUCUACUUUGAAAAUGCUUUGUCCAAGAGCAACAAACCAAUCCACACUAUCAUCCUAAACCCUCAUGUACAUCUGGUAGGCGAUGAUGCUGCCUGCAUAGCUUAUAUUAGGCUCACACAGUACAUGGAUGGCAGUGGAAUGCCAAAGACAAUGCAGUCAGAAGAGACCCGCGUCUGGCACCGCCGGGAUGGAAAGUGGCAGAAUGUUCAUUUUCAUCGCUCAGGGUCGCCAACAGUACCCAUCAAGUAAAUAUUCCCAGGCUGUCAGCUUCUUUGUUAAUAUACCCAUGGUCAGCUCCUUCUGUUUAUUCCAUUGUUAAUAGCAUGGCAUAAGUUAUUUAAUGCGAGUAGU